UAUACACAGGUAUUUAUGCAGCUGUAUCGAAGAAAAUUGUGUGUGAGAUUGAAAGCAAGUUGAAUGGCAGCAAACGACGCUUACUUUUUCAUUUUCUCUUACACGCUUCAAUAUGUCGUCUAAUUAGGGUUCACUAUAGACCCAAUAAUUUAACCUGCCUUAAAAAAUGUCAUAAUCGAUAAAAUUGCUCAUUAUCAAGUGCAUUUCAAUAUUUAUUAUCAAUUGAAGUUGAGUUGGAAUUGAGAACCAAGACAUGAGAACUAAAUGGAGAUGGUUUAAUUGUAGACUAUAAGGACGAAUUCAAUUUUCGGAGCAAAAAGUUUACUCUUUUAUAUUGAUAUAAUCAUAAUAAUACUUAGAUUUUACUAAUGGAGAAAAUUAUUCAAGUUUUUUUAGCGUUACUAAUUACAUUAAUUCCACGAUGUAUGUGUGCGGAAGGUUUAGACUUAAUAAUUGAACCUCAAGAUGUAAUUGUAGAACCCGGUGGUUCAGCAAGACUUGAUUGUAAAGCUUACAACACGUAUGCUAAUCCUGUUAGUAUUCAAUGGAGAACUGAAGAUGGACAAUUGAUAAAUUUUAUAGGUGAUAAUUAUCGUUCUCAACUGCCUAAUGGAUCACUUUAUAUAAGUAAUCUUUAUCCUGAAAAUUCAGAGUUGAUUGGUUCUUAUCAGUGUUUAGUUUCUGUCGAAAAUGUUGGCUCUAUUGUCUCACGAGCAGCAGUAAUUAAACUUUUAACUUUACCGGAGUUUGACCAAGAACCUCAAGAUGUGAUUACAUAUCCCGGUCAAACUGUUUAUUUAGGUUGCAGUUUAACAAACUCUGAUAUAAGUAAUAUAGAGAGAGAUCGUCUUCAAGCUACUAAACAAAUUCAAUGGCUUAAAGAUGAACAUCCGUUAAUUUUGGAUGAGAGCAGAAUGACUCUUUUAACAUCAGGAGCUUUGGAAAUCGAUGAUGUUCGCCUUGAAGAUAUUGGAUCUUAUCGAUGUAAUGUCAGUAUGUUUAGUCAACAUCGAUUAAGUAGGAAAGCACAAUUAAUGCUUGAAGCUGAACAGUUUGAACCAUCUCCAUCACCACCAACAUUCAUUGCACGGCCUAAACCUCAGAUUGCUGUUGAAGGAUCCACUAUUACUCUUGAAUGUGUCGCAAAUGGAGUUCCAAAACCAUCGAUUCAUUGGCUUAAGGAUGGAAUAGCAGUAGAUUUAGCAGCUCUAGAUUCCAGGUAUCGAAAAAUAGCAGCUUCCAGUUUAAUGAUUACUGAUAUUAUGGAAGAAGACCAUGGAUCAUAUCAGUGCAGAGCUAAAAAUGAGAUUGAAACACUUGAUGCUGUUGCCCAAGUCAUUGUUCACGUUCCUCCAAGAUUUAUUAAAAGACCAGAAGAUAAAGUGGCUAAUGAAAAUCAAGAUUUAGAAUUUGAAUGUCAAAUAUAUGGUAAACCUGAGCCAAAAGUUACUUGGUUAAAAAAUGGAGAAAAAAUUACGUUAAGUGAAUAUUGGCAGCUUGUUAAUAAUAAUAAUUUAAGAAUUAAUGGACUCUUACCAAUUGAUGCUGGUAUUUUUCAAUGUAUUGGAACUAAUCCUGCUGGGAAUAUUCAAGCUUCUGCUAGACUUGUGAUAAAUAAACCAAAAAAAGAAAAAAAUCUAUCAAAAGCAUCAGUAACAACAACGCCCAAGACGAUUAAUAAAAAAAAAUUAUUUAAUCGUCAAUUUCAAAAGCCAUUGUAUAAUAAUACUUGGCAACAUCCAAGUACUCUUCUUGGUCACACUUUAUCAGCAUUUACCCCAAAUCCACCUAAAAUUGAUCUUGAUCCUUUAGCAGAUGAUUCUGCUGAAUUACUUUCUGACAAAAUUUUAAUCCCAAAAUCCCUGAAUCACAAACCUAAACCUGAAACCCAUUUUUUAGAUAACACGGACAACUUUGACUCAAUAAAAGGUCAAGGUGGUAUACCAUCAGCUCCAAGGAAUUUAAGUGCAAUUAUUGUUAAAUCGAGAUUUGUCACGUUGAGUUGGCAAGAACCAGAGAAUACAAAUGAGGAUGAUCAGCUGAUUUAUUAUAUUUAUUAUAAACAAGAUGGAUCUCAAAGGGAACGAGUUAUAUCAGUUAAUAGACCACAGGAAAUGGUAGUUCGAGGCUUACAACCCGGAGUCACUUAUCAAUUUCGAGUAGUAGCUCAUAAUUCUUAUGGUGUUCAUGGAGUUUCUAGUAAUAUCUUAAGUGUAACAACACAUUCCGAAGCAAAUGUUCCUGGUCCUCCGCUUAAUAUUGAAGCUUAUGCAACUAGUAGUCAGAGCAUAAAAGUAUCAUGGCAAGAACCGAAAAUUUUCAAUGGUCGUAUUUCUAAAUACGUGGUAACAAUUAUGGAAGGCUCCGAUGGGGAAGAGAAAACUAAAGAAACAACUAGUACAACUUGUGAAUUAACUGAUUUAAAUCCUUAUACUGAGUAUCAAAUUUGGGUACAUGCAGUUAACGAAAAUGGUCCAGGAGCAUCAACAAGUGAAGUGAGUGUCAGAACUUUUAGUGCUCCUCCAUCUCAACCUCCACAUAAUGUAACCCUAGAAGCUGCCAGCUCUACCAGUGUGAUUGUAAGAUGGGAGCCACCUUUAGAAGGUCAAAAUGGAAUUAUAACUGGCUAUAAGAUUAGAUAUAGACCUCAAGAUAGGAGAUAUGAUUCUAAAACUGCCAUUACUGAAGGUAACAAACGCCUUUACGUUCUCAUGGGCUUGGAAAAGCGUGAAGUUUAUCAUGUAAGGAUAUGUGCGUUAAAUAUGAAUGGAACUGGUCCUUGGACUGAAUGGAUGGAAGUUGAAACUUAUGAAAAUGACUUAGAUGAAUCAAAUGUACCAAGUGCUCCUACUAAUUUAAGAACUAAACCUAUGUCUAAUUCAAUUUCUUUAUGGUGGAGUCCACCUAAAGAUGAAGGAAUUAAAGUUAGAGGAUAUAAAAUUGGCUGGGGAAAAGGUUAUCCUGAUGUUGAUCAUCAAGAGUUGGAUGGAAAACAAAGGUAUUACACUAUAGAAAAUUUAGAUCCAUUGUCUGAGUAUGUUAUCUCAUUGAGAGCAACAAAUGAAGCUGGUGAAGGACCACCAGUGUAUGCAAAUGUAAGAACUACUGAGAAAACUGCAUUAGAAUCCAUAACACCAUUGAUUCCUCCAGUAGGAUUAAAGGCUAUUGUAUUAUCUGCUAAUUCUGUUGUACUUUAUUGGACUGACACUCUAUUAUCUAAGAGUCAAUACGUUACUGAUAAUCGUUAUUAUGUUGUUCGUUAUGCUGCUUAUCAUCCACCUUUAAGGUACAAAUUUUUCAAUGCAACUGAUUUGAAUUGUAUGAUUAGUGAUCUAAAGCCAAAUACUUUGUAUGAAUUUACGGUGAAAACUGUAAAAGGCAAACGAGAAUCACCUUGGAGUAUGGUUGUAUUAAAUCAAACUUAUGAAGCUGCUCCAACUUCACCACCUAGAGAAUUAACAGUUGAUAAUUAUGAAUCAAGUUCAACAUCAGUUAUUUUAAGAUGGCAACCACCUAAACAACCUAAUGGUCAUAUUAUUGGAUAUAUUAUUUCAUAUUCUACGGACAAUACUAAGAGAGAUAGAGACUGGAUGGUUGAUGGAUUAUUGGGAAAUAAAACAGAAUACAUUGUUAAGGGAUUGAAACCUAGUACAGCAUAUUAUUUUAAAAUACAAGCAAGAAAUGGGAAAGGAUACGGGCCCUUUUCUUCGACUGUAGUAUUCAAAACUCUAUCAAGCAAUAAUUCGGAAUUCGAUGAAAUAUAUAAUCAAGAUGGCCGUGGAUUAUCAGGAAUGUUGAUCUACAUAAUAGUAGGUUGUGCUGUUUUAUUAAUAAUUGGAGGAGUUGCAGUGGUUGUUGUAUUUGUUUGUUGUAGAAGAGAGUCUGAUCGAAAAAAAGGAUAUUUGAAAGAUGCAGCACAAAAGACGAAUAUAAAGCCACCAGAUUUAUGGAUUCAUCAUGAUCAGAUGGAAUUAAAAGCUUUAGAAAAAUCAUCAGUGAAUGGAGGAGAAACUUGUACAAGUGGAAUAGCAGCAACAACUUCAGUGAACAAUACCUUACCAAGAUCAGGAAAUAAUGAUUACAAUCAUGAUUCUAAUCAUCCUACUUCUGGGUCUUUAGAUAAAAGGACUUAUGUACCAAGCUAUAUGGCAUCAAAUAAUUUGGAUGACAAAUGUUCAACGUUGAAUAGACAACACAGUCGCAGUAGUAAAUCAAAACUCAUUACACUCCCUGUAGAUAGUGGUGGUGGUAGUGGUGGUGGAUCUUUACAUCCAUCAAUUGCAACUGCAACAGCAACAGCAACAACCAUUGUCAAUUGUAAUAGUUCAUCUCAGCCAGCAAUUCAUUCAACUUGUUCAGAUUCAUCAACAAGAGAUUCAUCUAGAUCCAUUUACGGACCACGAACUGUUGCGCAAUACAGCUUAAGUCGAGCUCAUAUAACUUUAGAACCAACUCCGGAAUCUAAUGUAGAUUCAUGUUUGAUUUCAAACAGUAGUUACGAGCAAAGUCCAACUAUAAAUUAUUCCGGAACAUCUUAUUCGACAUCCAGUGGUGGCCAAUAUACUCCAGGUCACUAUCCAGGUGGAAGUAGUAGUGGCGGAGGGGGAAGUAAUAGUAGUGGUAGUCAAUUGGCAAAUACAACGCUAUCAUCAUCAGGAGGAAACCAUCCAUCUACUGGAGCUUUAUUAUCGGGGUCUCGAGAUUCUAAUAAUAGUACACCCGGUACAGAAUCAGGCAGUAUUAAAAGACUUCAAGGGCAUCCUUUAAAAAGUUUCAGUGUUCCAGCACCACCUCCACAAUCAGCUCCUUCAACCCCAGCACAACAAAAACAUCAUGGAGUUUCUCAAGCUAAUAUACGAUCUAAUUUAUCAGGAAGUCCUUACAAAAAAUCUGGUUCUUCCACCUUACAAUUAUCAAGUAAAAAUCGAUUAGCUUCGGUUUCCAAUCCCUGUCAUACUCCAGAAGAAAUGGAAAGACUAAAGCCUUCUUAUAGCACUGAAGAAUUGAAUCAAGAAAUGGCCAAUCUUGAAGGCCUAAUGAAAGACUUGAAUGCUAUUACGGCUUCAGAAUUCGAAUGUUGAUGCUACAAAUUAUUGAAGUGCCACUUUUUGCAGGUAAUAAUGAUAAUUAUUUAAAAAAAAUCUAAUUAAUAGUAAAAUUGAUGAUAUAAGUAAGCUUUGAUAAAAAUAUAAAAAUAUUAACAAUGUGGAUUUGAAUGGAUUAAAAUCCAAAAAGAAUCAUUUUUCUCUCGUUUUAUAGAGAAAAAUAAUAUUGACGAAGAUAUUGAUUUUUUUUAAAUCAAAAACAUUUUAAACACGUACAUAUGAUAUGAUUUUUUUUAAAAAUCACGUUUUAUAUUAAUAUUUUAAAUGAAAAAAAACAUGUGGCAUAAUAAUACGUACUAAAAACUAGUGAAAAAAAAAUUUAUGAAUAGAUUUUUAUUUCAUAUUUAUUUUGAUGAAACAUGGAAUAUCAAAGUAAUGUUCGAUAGUAAAUGACUGAAACAAAACUUUUGCACAAUCCCAGUGAUGAAAAACAUUUUAUACAAUAAAUAAGAAAUAAAAUGAUAAAUAAAAUUGAAGGUAGAAAUACUUGUGAAAAAUUUUGUAUAAAAAGGUAGAAAAAUCGUCAAAAAAUUGGUUACAUUAAUUUAUUUAUUAUUAUUUAAUUUGUUUACUAAGAAAAUUAAUCAUGAUCUCAUUAAUUAAAUUACAUAUUUUACAUUAAUAACAAACAAAUAUGUAAUUAACGAAUUAUACACAAUAAUGCAUUUUUUUUUUGUAUACAAAGGAACAAAACUUUAUAAUAUUUAUGAAUAAGUCACUGAAUUUAAAUACUAUUGUAUUUACAUGA